CCUCGGAUCCCAAGAGCCCGGAGCCCAAGAGCCCAAGAUGGCAGAGCUGCGGAGCGUCAGAUGAGAGUGGACGUGUGCCCUAGCCCGUGACCGCGUCCUUUGGCCAUGUCUUGCGGUGAACCCACGCCCGAAGGCUAUCUCGAGAGAAGAUGAUGAAGAAGGUGAGCCUAGCGCUGAGCCGGUCGCCUCGCCAUGGGAGCAGCAGGUGCGGGAGUGCCAACGGCGAGGUGGUGCUGGGGUCGUCCUCGGCCGCCACGACCCUCGCCACCUCCUCGACCUCUUCCUCUUCUGCCUCUUCCUCCUCGCAGCACGACGCCGACAAGAAGAAAAAAUCGAGAGCCGGCGGGAUCCUGCAGACGUUGAAGAAGAAGAUCAGUGACAAGCUGGACACUCUCCAGCAGGGCGGCUCGAGCUCGACCUCGUCCUCGCGGGCCGCCCCCAGGAAGAGCAAGAGUGUCGAGGGCCUCUCCAACAGCUUCGGCGGAGACUCGUUCUCGCAGUCGGUGAGCGAGGAGUCCUCUAGUGAUGGCCUCAACGCCACUGGGGGCGGGGGGAGUGGGGGCACACACAAAGGCAAACAUAGCAAGCGUGCUAUCAGGCCUAUCAAUACUCCCAUCAACACGCCCAUUACACGCCAAAACUCGUCAUCACAUGUGUUGGCAGCUAAUGGCGAGGUGGACACACAAGGGGGCAAGGGUGAGGGUGGCCAGGGCAUCACGGCAGCUGUGUCCCUGUACAGCAAGCCUAAAGGUUACAUAUCAGAUGCAUCAGUGCAGAAGCAGCAGCAGCAGGUGUUGACUGAAGGCCAGGUGCCCAGGGCCAACGGCCGGGAUAAAGUGCCGACAGUGACAGUGGAUAGUGUUGGGGGGGUCGAGGAGUGUGUGUACACCAGUGCCAAUGUUCCCAGAAGGGGCCUUGGUGUUGCCAAGAAUGCUGACCACAGUGCCAUAUCGGAGACGUCAUCACCACAGCCCAACCGGACGUGUGGAUGCGAGUUGUGGGACCUUCAGGACAUGAGUCUAGAUGCUAGUAAGAGGAGCCUGGCAGAAGAGCUCUUCCAUCUGGCAAAGUACGGAUGGUACUGGGGACCAAUCACACGUGCCGAGGCUGAGGAAAAGCUCUUUGACCAGCCUGAUGGAGCCUUCCUUGUUCGAGAUUCAUCUGACGACAAGUACCUGCUGAGCCUAAGCUUCCGGUCAUUCAACAGGACGCUCCACACACGCAUUGAACACAGCAAUGGUAUGUGACAACUUGGGUUCCUUUUAAC